UUCGAGACUUUGGCACUUGGCAGAAGGCUGCUAGUGGAAAGCGGAGUGUUUAAAGUGUGCUUGGUUUAUUUAUAUUGUUGAUAGUAAUAUUAAAAACAUGGCAACGUAUCUAGCGAGAAAUCUAAUACGCCUAAAUCACGGUAUCGGCUCACAAACCGCAGCUCUUCCUCUGGCUUUGAAAAACCUCAACGGAACCAGAAAUGGGGACAGAGGUUAUGCGACAAAGGGGGGAAGUCCGGCUGGAAAGAAUAUCGUCUACAUCGAUGGAGUUCGCACUCCGUUUCUUUUGUCAGGCACACAAUACAGCAAGCUCAUGCCUCAUGAUCUUGCCAGGCAUGCCCUGCUGAGCCUUGUAAACAAGACUGGAAUUGACAAAGACUUGGUAGAAUAUAUAACGUACGGCACAGUUAUCCAGGAAGUCAAGACCUCCAAUGUUGGUCGAGAAGCAGCACUGGCUGCAGGCUUCAGCCAGAAGACACCCGCACAUACUAUAACCAUGGCGUGUAUCAGCAGUAAUCAGGCUAUAACUACUGGCGUUGGUCUGAUUGCCUGUGGCGUGUACGACGUUAUCGUUGCCGGUGGUGUAGAGUUCAUGUCCGAUGUACCAAUCAGGCACAGCCGCAACAUGCGAUCCUUAAUGCUGCGUGCCAAUAAAGCAAAGACUUUACCUCAGAAGUUGGGUCUCCUGGCUAGCAUCAGGCCUGGCCACUUUGUUCCAGAGUUGCCAGCGGUAGCUGAAUUCUCUAGCGGAGAAACCAUGGGUCACAGUGGCGACAGGUUAGCUUCAGCAUUUGGAGUAACUCGGGCAGAACAGGACCAGUAUGCCUUGCGCUCGCAUACUCUCGCUUCCCAAGCCCAACAGCAAGGAUUUUUAUCUGAUAUUGCGCCAUUCAAAGUGCCUGGUGUGAAUGAGGUCAUUGACAAGGACAAUGGAAUUCGAGUUUCUACACCAGAACAGCUAGCUAAGCUUAAGCCAGCGUUUGUUAAACCAUACGGGACUGUUACAGCAGCUAACGCAUCUUUCCUGACUGACGGAGCAUCCGCUGCUCUCAUCAUGACUGAAGAAAGGGCUAAGCAGCUUGGACUGAAACCAAAAGCAUAUCUGAGGAACUUUACUUAUGUAUCGCAGGAUCCGGUCGACCAAUUGCUCCUGGGACCUGCCUAUGCUAUCCCAAAGGUGUUGGAAAAAGCCGGCCUGGGCUUGAAUGACAUAGGAGUCUGGGAAGUGCAUGAGGCGUUUGCUGCACAAAUUCUAGCAAACUUGAAAGCCAUGGAUUCUGAUUGGUUUGCACAGAAAUAUAUGGGUAGAUCAGGUAAAAUUGGUGUGCCAGAUAUCAACAAGUGGAACGCUUGGGGUGGUUCUCUGUCUAUCGGACAUCCCUUCGCCGCUACUGGAGUUAGAUUAGCAACUCACACAGCAAACCGCAUGAUCAGAGAGGAUCAACAAUUCGGGCUAAUUGCUGCCUGCGCUGCUGGUGGUCAGGGAGUUGGAAUGAUACUGGAGAGACACCCAGAUGCCAAACUUUAACGGAACUGCAGAAUAACAAACUAUUCUAAUCUUCUAUUCGUAAAUACGAUACACUGCAUUAAACGAUUUAUAAAUGCAAAAGAGUACGAACCCUUUCAAAACUAUGCUGAAAGAACGAAUUUAUAUUUUUACAGUCGGAGAUAUCUGUUAUGUAAAUGUGUACAUGUAUAUAUUUUUUAAGAUUUAUUACACCUUGAAAAAAGGAA